CGCGGAAGUAAACAUAUGUAAACACGUUUAUGAAAUGUUUACGAUCAUCUGACCAUGUAUUAAAUAAUAUAUGGUUGUCAUUCCUAAAGGCAGCAGCCCGCGGUUGAAUGACUGUGAUUGGGGCAGAGGGAAAGCGGUUAUGCUGUAAAUGUUAUUGAUUAUUGAUUGGUUAUUGAUUGAUUGAGUUCAGGAUGGCUGCGGGUUUCGCUCCUCCGAAGCUCAGAGACUUUAUUCUGACUGAGAAACUGGGAAGCGGCACGUAUGCGACCGUUUAUAAAGCUUUCAGAAAGACGGACAGCAGGGACAGGGAGGCGGUGGCUGUGAAGGUGGUCAGUAAGAAAAGUCUGAAUAAAAGCUCAAUGGAGAACCUGCUGACAGAGAUUGAGAUCCUCAAAACAGUCCGGCAUCCUCACAUAGUGCAGCUCAAAGACUUCCAGUGGGACAGCGAGAACAUAUAUCUGAUUCUGGAGUGGUGUUCAGGAGGAGAUUUGUCCCGAUUUAUCCGCAGUCGCCGGAUUCUUCCGGAGAGAGUCGCCCGUCGCUGCCUACAGCAGAUCGCAUGUGCUCUUCAGUUUCUCCAUGAGAAGAACAUCUCUCAUCUGGACCUCAAACCACAGAACAUUCUGCUGAGUGGAAACGUGCUGAAGCUCGCAGAUUUUGGUUUUGCGCAGUACAUGAGCCCAUGGGACGAGCAGCAGGCUCUGAGAGGCUCUCCGCUCUACAUGGCUCCUGAGAUGGUGUGCAGACGGCAUUAUGACGCUCGAGUGGAUCUGUGGUCCGUCGGGGUCAUCUUAUAUGAAGCAUUAUUUGGACGAGCCCCCUUCGCCUCUCGCUCAUUCGCUGAACUAGAAGAGAAGAUCCGCAGUGAGAAACCCAUCGAGCUGCCGCCCGGAGCGCGAGUUUCUCGUGACUGUCGAGAUCUGCUGCUGCGGCUGCUAGAGCGAGACCCAGAGAGCCGCAUCACGUUUGACGAGUUCUUCCUGCAUCCCUUCGUGGAUCUGGAGCACAUGCCCAGCGCCGAGAGCCUCGGGAAGGCCAAAGCGCUGGUGUUGCAGGCGGUGCAGAAGGACCAGGAUGGAGAGCGAUCGGCUGCGUUAUCUCUCUACUGUAGUGCACUCGAACACUUCGUUCCUGCCAUUCACUAUGAGACAGACAGACAGAGGAAGGAAGCGCUGAGACAGAAGGUGAAUCAGUAUGUUUCUCGUGCCGAGGAGCUCAAAGCGCUGGUCAGAUCGGACAACAAAAUCAGUUUUGAGGAGGCAAAAUCAACCAGGAACAUAUUGAUAGAAAUGUCCAGAGAUCAGCCGCGUUUGCUGGCGGCCCUGGAAGUGGCGUCCACUGCUGUUGGCCGGGAGGAGAGCGGCGCCGAGGACUACGACACGCUUGAUCUAUACCAGCAGAGUCUGGGCGAGCUGCUGCUGGCAUUGGCGGAACUAUCCAGCGACUAUCCAAAACACCAUAGUAACAACCCAGAACACCCUAGCAACCACUUAUUGACCAAUCACAACGCUCUGUUUCAUCAGUUGAGUUAUGAGUGGAAUAAAGGGAAUAUGUCAGUUGAUUUAUGCACUGAUUUUCUCUUGCAGAUUAAAAGUCUGAUGAGUCGAGCUGAAUACCUCAAAGAGCUGAUCAAGAUGCGGGAAACUCAGACGGACGAAUCGCUGAAGAAGGACGCCGCUGCUGAAUCUGUGAGAUCCUCCUGUUGUUUACAGUGAGCUGCGGGUUCUCGCCAUGGCAACGGAUGCCGCGUGUCACAUGACCGGAGGAUUCACAGCAUCUGAUUGGCUCCUGGCUGACGGUCAAAGCGCAGUCACUUCUGGACUGUGUUCAUCUGGACGAGAUCUGAAAUCUCUGUGCUGAGAAACAGACCUUCACACCUGAAGGAAAAGAGUCCUGAGUGUAAAAUCAUUGCUCUGGAUUUAAACGCACUCUGCUUUCUCUCUCUCUCUCUCACACACACACACACACACACACACACUCUCUCUCACACACACAC